CAUUACACUUUACCCUUGCUCCUCGUUCCUUCUUCUCUUUUCUGAAAAUGGCCUCAACAUCGCGUCUAGCUUUCAGGAGACUUCUCUCUUCCACCGUCGUCCAUCGUCCGGCUGCUGCUUAUCGCCUCUUCAAUACCAAAUCAGGCUUCUACGAUCUGAUUACACCAGCCAUGAGCUUGAGCCAUGUGGUUCAAUCCCUAGAGGACGAAGAAGAAGGCCCUCUGGUAGUAGCAACGGGUGGAAGACUUGGGUGGGAUGUGAAAGAGAAGGAGAAUGCGUUACACGUGAGGAUUGAUAUGCCGGGGCUUAGCAGAGAGGAUGUGAAGCUUUCUUUGGAACAAGAAACACUUGUGAUCAAAGGAGAAGAUCACGACGAAGGACGUAAGUUUUCGAGUAGGAUAGAGUUGCCCGAAGAAGAAUACAAGGCGAAUGAGAUAAAGGCGGAGAUGAAAAACGGCGUGUUAAAAGUUGUGGUUCCUAAGAUCAUACAGCUAGACCUUAACAAUGCUCUCCACAUUAAGGUCGACUAGAGGUUUCGUCUACGUUUCUGUAAACUUUGUCCACAUCUAUUAUUCCAAAACUUUCAAAUCGAUAUAACAUCCUUGGCAAAAGUUCUUCAUUAUCUUUCAUGUUUGCUGCUUUCAACCUUCUAUUUGAAUUGUUGAAGCUUUCUCUCUUCUUUGGUUUAUUGAACUAUAUCCAGUUUCUUGGAAUAUUUCAGUGAUCC